UUAUUUAAAAGUCAUUUUAAACCUGUAGCUUACGAGUAUGUUUGAACGCAUCGCCAGUCUGCUGUCCAAUCACAUCAGUCGUUUCUAACGGAAAACAACUCAAACUAAAAGCGCCCUUCUUGAUUACCGUCCUACAACUCCCUCCCCCGCUAACAAUAAUCUUCGGAAAACGCAUUUUUAACACACAACAUGGCUGAUCACACGAAUACCAACUUACGGGAAAAUAGCCUCAAAUUUAAAAGAACAUUGGAUCGUAUUGCAGAAAAGUAUUCAAAACUCAAGUAUCAAGACGGAGGGAUAGAAGUGGACCUCGACAACAUAAAGUGGAACGCGCUUGAUCACUACAUGGAUAUCUCCAAACAAAAGCUGAAGGAUCUAGAAUCAAAGAGCCGGUCCGAUUGGAAUGAGGAGUCAUCAAUCCGACAGGAUGUCACAGGAACCUCUCAGUUGGACCUUACAUGUGAUGAUAGUAGAGCCGAUGAGACUUGCAUCUCUACCAGAGAACUUGCAGCUGAGGACAGCAGUGGGAACCCAACAGAACUUGAGGUGAGCCUGCUGGAUGAUAGUCGCAGAUCCUCAUAUGAGAACGAGCUCCUGCCAGAAGACCAGGAUGAAGAGCUACAAAUGUCUCUAAACAGUCACGGCAGCUCCCUGGUGGAGCUCUACCCGAGCAUGGUUAGUCGGAUCGAGAGAGCCUGGCACCGGCAGCAUGUCUCUGAUGCUGCCAGCUUGGUGCUGAAGAGGUAUCGCAAAUUUCGACAGCAGCCAAAAAGAAGCGGCCUCAACAGUACAUUUGACGUUACACCGAGACACUCCAACAAAAGCCCCAAAACGUUCUCUAACAAGAACUCCCGCAGCUCAGCGAAAAGAACCAGUCCCGAAACGAGUUCUCGGUGUGUCCAGCAGACCACCAUCCUCGGUCCCCAUGAGGAGCAGCUGCAGCAGCAGCGGUCUCUGGGUAAAAACAGAGCCUUACUGAGAAGAGCGAUGCCCCAUAAUGUCCGUGUGAUGGACUUAUCUGACAAUGCUAAACCCAGAGAGAUCUCUCGUAACAACACCUUUUUUGUUGGUGAGCUGUCCCCACAUAAACAAUCCCCACUGGUAGAACGAGUCUCUAACAAAACUGCCAGUUCAUCACCUUCUUACGUCACUGUUAGGGACUCGCCAUUCAGGGAGACGCGGCCUUUUCUUCCUUCACACUCAGCAGAAUCUCUCACAUGUGCAAAAGAAACUCCAGCUCUGAAGGAGAGACCUGACACCUACGGCUCUCCAGUCAGACAGAGUCCCUUCAAGGCACGACUGAUGAGCACCUUGAGUAGUUCACCUAGUGCAUUUUCAAGAAGUCCCAAAGAACAUUCAUUGGAUUGCAGUUUCAAAGAGUCUGUGAAGUCGAGAUCAGAGUCGGCGUCUCUGCCCUCCACUCCCAGCAGGCCCCAGGUGCAACUCUGGGUGCCUCGCACCCAAAGCUCCCAGUGUCCCCCCCAGCCCCAGCUCCUCUCACCACAGCCGGCCCGAAGAGCAGACACUCUGCACAGGCUCAAGCGCCACCUCUCCUUUGACUCCGUCCCACGCAACAUCUCACCCAAGAAAGUGGAUGAAGAUUUUGUGAAACUUUACCACAGGCUUGUGUGCCAGAGCACGUCUGCGUUCUUCAACAGCCUCCCCUGUCGUCUCUGUGGUAGAAAUUCAGAAAGCAGCAGAGGUCUUUCUUCAUCUCUGGAGGCUCUCGCCCUGUCGCCCCACCGCUCUGUCCUGUGGAAGCGUCACAGGGUGCUGAGGGAUGACAGCUACCCUCAGUCCAAACGCCUCAGGGAUGAGUGCUACACAUACUCUCCAGGGUCCAAACGCCACAGGCAAGAGAGGCUGAGACGCCGUCUUUCCCUAUCUGAGUUGGAGCUCCCUCAAGGUGCUGUUUCUUUCAGCCCCAGUAAACGCAGAGCUCAGCAACCUGCAGGUACAUCAGAAGGCCUGGAUGAGUCGGGGCGUGGGAGAUUCAUGUGAGGACAAUGGCCAAAGGCUACACCCCCAGGAGCUGGAAGUGAGCAGACACCCAAGAAGACAAGUCCACCACUGGUCUACGGGCUUAAAUGACUAAAAGCACCAGCAGUAUGACUUAUAAUAAUCUUACAGCUUGUUGUAACUGCAGAGGGUGUACAUGUGUAUUGAAGACGAUUUCAAAAGCUGGUUGUAUGUUAAUUGUUACAUUUGUGUGUCUAAAUGUUUUUGUUUGAGCUGUUUUCUAUUAUUCCAACAUCUAACAGAGUUUUUCAUUUCUAGUUGUAAUUAAGUUUCAGGUUCAAAAGUUUUUAUAGUUUCUCGCUGCUUCUGGUUCACUGUAAAUUGUCCUUUAUUAUUAUUGCUAUAGAAAGGGAACACGAUUAUCAAACACUUAAAAAUACAGCAUGCUGGUUGAUUUUGAGUAAACAAGUAAAAUAAAGGUUUUUCCCCUA